AUGGCCACAGCCCCAGGCCCUGCUGGCAUUGCCAUGGGCAGCGUGGGCAGCCUGUUGGAACGGCAGGACUUCUCCCCUGAAGAGCUACGGGCAGCACUCGCAGGGUCCCGGGGUACCCGCCAGCCCGAUGGGCUCCUCCGGAAGGGCUUGGGCCAGCGUGAGUUCCUCAGCUACCUGCACCUCCCCAAGAAGGACAGCAAGACAGCCAAGCGGGCUGCUAGGAAUGAGCCCGCCGACUACACCACCCUCUACUACCAUGAGAAUCCCUGGGCUGGGGACUUCAGCAAGACCUCACUGCCCGAGCGGGGCCGCUUCGACAAGUGCCGCAUUCGCCCAUCUGUGUUCAAGCCCGCAGCGGGCACCGGGAAAGGCUUCCUAUCCAUGCAGAGCCUAGCCGCCCACAAGGGCCAGAAGCUGUGGCGCAGCAAUGGUAGCCUGCACACGCUGGCCUGCCACCCUCCCCUGAGCCCAGGGCCCCGGGCCAGCCAGGCACAGGCCCGGGCCCAGCUGCUGCAUGCCCUCAGCCUGGACGAGGGUGGCCCCGAGCCUGAGCCCAGCCUGUCAGACUCCUCCAGUGGUGGAAGCUUUGGCCGCAGUCCUGGCACUGGCCCCAGCCCCUUCAGCUCCUCCCUGGGCCAUAUCAACCACCUCGGGGGCUCCCUGGACCGGGCCUCGCGGGGCCCUAAGGAAGCAGGGCCGUUGUCUGUGCUGAGCUGUUUGCCCGAGCCACCACCCCCCUACGAAUUCUCCUGCCCCACUGCCGAGGAGGUGGUGGCCGCAGUGCUGCCUGAGACCUGUGAGGAGCUCAAGAGGGGCCUUGGGGAUGAGGACGGCUCCAACCCCUUCACACAGGUGCUGGAGGAGCGGCAGCGGCUAUGGCUGUCAGAGUUGAAGCGUCUGUACGUGGAACGGCUGCACGAGGUUGCCCAGAAGGCCGAGCGGAGCGAGCGCAACCUCCAGCUUCAGCUGUUCAUGGCCCAGCAGGAGCAGCGGCGCCUGCGCAAAGAGCUGCAGGCUCAGCAGGGCCUGGGCCCUGAGCCUCAGGCCCUGGGCACCCUCCCAGAUGGAGACCCCAGUGUCCGACCGGAGGAGGCCAGAUGGGAGGUGUGCCAGAAGACAGCGGAGAUCAGCCUCCUGAAGCAGCAGCUGCGGGAGGCCCAGGCGGAGCUGGCCCAGAAGCUAGCUGAGAUCUUCAGCCUAAAGACGCAGCUUCGGGGCAGCCGGGUGCAGGUGCAGGCACAGGAUGCGGAGCUGGCCCGGCUGCGUGAGGCCGUGCGGAGGCUGCAGGAGCAGGCCCCUCGGGAGGAAGCCCCAGGCAGCUGUGAGACUGAUGACUGCAAGAGCCGGGGGCUGCUGGGGGAGGCUGGAGGCAGCGAGGCUGGGGAUGGCGCCGAGAAGCUGCGGGCUGAGCUGCUGCAGGAGCGGCUGCGGGGCCAGGAGCAGGCGCUGCGCUUCGAGCAGGAGCGGCGGACAUGGCAGGAGGAGAAGGAGCGGGUCCUGCGCUACCAGCGGGAGAUCCAGGGGGGCUACAUGGACAUGUACCGCCGCAACCAGGUGCUGGAGCAGGAGCUGCGGGCACUGCGGGAGCCCCCCACACCCUGGAGCCCUCGGCUCGAGUCCUCCAAGAUCUGAGACCAGCAGAGUAAGCUGACAGAAGAACUGUCAGAAGAUGGCCUGGACAAGCCUGCCCCAAGGCGGAGGGCCUCUUCCCUUCCCUAGGUCUGGGGCAGUAUCUUCGAGGCUGGCCCAAGGGUGGGGAGGCCCACCUAGAGGAGGGAUCCAGUGGGGCUGUGGGCUACAUAGGUGGCAGGAGAAGGAGCACCGUUGGAGAGGAGCACCCAGGCAGGGCCCAGACCUGCUCCCUGGAGUGGGGUGGCGCAGGGAAAGAGA